UUCUCAUCAGAGAGGCAGCAUUUCAAUUCUCAUCAAUCGCAUGUGUUGUCCGCAUAGGUACGUCCGCACCACUGACUUCUCACUGACGCAUCACGUUAUUCGCUCAUAAGCACCAUCGCUGAUGGAUAUGAAUGCGACGUCCACGCGCACAUACACAUACACAUACAACUGAAUCAUAGCAGCUAUGCGUUCUUAAAACAGCUCAUCGUCAUCAUCAUAACCAUCAUCAUCCUCGUCCCCGUCCUCAUCCUCAUCCUCGUCGUCUUCUCCGUCACUGUCAUCGAUGUUAUAGUCAGGAAAGUCCACUUCGAGCUCGACGAUGCCCUCACACGCCAUUUGGCAGCACUCAAAAUGCCACUCACCGCACUUCAUCUCACUCGGGUGCACAUCAUACUCCAAAUACUGCAUAGCAACAACGUACAGACAUCAGUAUUCGUGCACAGCUACGAUAUGCGUAAGUGUCUCAAAGACAUACAUGCUUCUGAGGCGCAUCGCUACCAACGCGUUUGCCAUUAUAGAAUACUCUGACUUUGAACGGUUCGUCCUCUAACGCCUCGUACGUCCCGGGAUACCCCAGCGCCAGCCCAACAGCCUCUGCGAUCACUGUAUACUCUUUGGCCUCGUAGAAAGUCCGCCUUACAUGACUAUAUCGGGGGUGCUUCCGAUUCGCCAAUAUCCAACCACCCUGACACACACACAUACCACCACACAGAUUCCGGCAAGCCAUGCAUGCCAACAAGCGCUGAUCAUAUCACACUUUGAAUCCAGUGUGCCGCUCAGGUUGGCCCGCUGUAAGGGUAUAGCUUGUGGUGCGCAUCUCGUGGGUGAUUUCGUGCAGCUCCAUCUCAAUCCCGUCAAUCUUUGUCGCCUCUAGAAAUGGACGGAACGCUCUCUCAACGAUGCCUCUUGCAUAAUCAGGACACCUGCACAUACAGCACAGGACACACACGUACAACAAUCUUUAGCUAAGCCCCAUCCCUCGUUCUGUCAUGCCUUACUUGUACACAUGGAUCAGGACACACGGUUUGAUACCGACAAGCAGUAGCAAUAAUUCUCCCACCAGGCUCAUCUGCUUGAUGAUUUCUGCCACCGACUUGUCCUCUCCCGCGCAUAGCUUCUGCCGGUCCGCCGUUGACAAGCUAUCGAAAUACUGCCCCUCCAGAGUCUCAAAAUAGUCAAAUGCAUGCCCGAUCUUCUCGCGUGCUUCUGGUGUAGCCAUGAGGCCCUCAAAUGCUCGACGGAUCUUCCCUUUCG